AUGGCUCAUCACGUAGCCUCUUCCGCGACGCCAAAGCAGUUUGUGCUCUGUUUCGAUGGAACGGGCAACAAGUUUGCUGGUGAUGAAUCGGAUAGUAAUGUCUUGAAAAUUUUCCGUAUGUUGGAUCGCAGUAAACCGCACCAGUACCAUUACUACCAACCUGGUAUCGGUACCUAUGUGACAACGAAAUCACUCUCCAGUCAUGGUCGCAUUCAGCGCAUUAGAUCAUGGUAUGAAAAGGCGAAGGAUUCUGCCAUUGGCUCCUCCUUCGACGAGCAUGUGAUGGGCGGGUACAAGUUCUUGAUGCGUUACUAUUCUCCUGGUGACGAGAUCUUCUUCAUUGGUUUUAGUCGAGGUUCAUAUAUUGCUCGUUUCUUGGCCGAGAUGCUCGACUAUAUCGGUCUGCUUGAAGCCGGUAACGAGGAAUUGAUCCGGUUUGCUUGGAAGACUUUUGCGAAGUGGCAGCAACGCCAAGGCGAUUCGGAAGAGGACCAAGACGAGAAGAAGAAACUUUUUGAGUAUAUGAAGGCUUUCCGUGAGACCUUCAGUCGUCCGAUCACUCGCAUCAAGUUCAUGGGACUUUUCGAUACCGUAAACAGUGUUCCACGUUUCGAGAAUGCUUGGAUGCAGCGCAGCAAGUUCCCCUAUACGGCACGCAGCUCUGCUAGUGUCAUCCGUCACGCAGUCGGUAUUGAUGAGCGACGUGCCAAGUUCCGUCAGGAUCUGAUCUCCGGAAAGCGCCCGAAAGAAAAGAAGCACAAGCACCACCGACACCACCUUCCUACUCCCCAUUUCGACCAUUUGCAUAUGCACCGCCAGGAUGGUUCGCGCAAACAGCAACAGAAGCAGUCUCAGCAAUCUCAACAACCUCAUGAUGCCCACCCAGACGAAGUCCCCGCUAUUCGUUUGAAUGAUGAUUCCGCAAGUCCUCAAAAUGAAAAACCGCCCGCUCCAUUACCCACCUUUGAGAACCCCGGAUGGGGUCCCAAUCCAGGCGAGUCCUACUAUCACCCUCACCACCUUCGUGCCGGUUCCUCAAACCAGGGAAGUGAGAACAAUGCUGGAGAGAAGCCUCAUCGAUACCGCGCACCGUCUCCAAACCGCGGACAAUCCCCAAAUCCCACGCUUGGACUGACCGUUCCCAACGGAAAUGCCUCCUGUGAUGAUCUCACAUCAAUUCGUAGCGGUCAAUCUGGAAACCUCUCAAUCCAGGUCCCCAGCAUUGCCGGUGAUGAUGAGAGUGACGACGAGGAGCAGGACAUUCACGAGGUCUGGUUCCCAGGAUGCCACGCCGAUAUUGGUGGAGGAUGGAAACUCGAGGGUGGCGAGCUGUGGGCCUUGAGUCACGCCCCAUUGGUCUGGAUGGUCCAGGAAGCCCAAAAGGCCGGUCUGGAACUCGACGAGCGCAAGAUGAAGCAGUUCCAGUGUCUGGAAGAGUACGACGGCGACUACACUCCCAUCCAGGAAACCCUUGGCAACCGCCGUGGCAGCCGUAUCAGUCGUACGGUGGGUUCUCCAGAGGACGAUCCCGAUGCCUACCGCGUUGGUCCUGAUGAGAAGCAGCGGAGCGCUGCUAGCCGUGACUUCUGGCAUGCACUGCACACGUCCAGCACGAAGGGUCCCAAGCACGAUUGUCUCGAGUUCAAGCAGGGCCUACCAACCAUCUCUGUUAUUUCUUGGCGAAUCAUGGAGUGGUUGCCUUUCCGUCGGAUGGAUCUCCAGGCUGAUGGGUCGUGGAAACCUAUUCGUUGGCCGUUGCCGCGUGGUGAGGUCCGCGAUGUGCCACUGGAUGCCGAGAUUCACGUUUCUGCUAUUCGAAGAAUGCAGGCUGACCCUAACUACCGCCCUGGUAAUAUUAUUGUGGGCGGUGGUGGACGCGGUGUUAAGAUUGCUCCUACUUAUCUCGGUAUGGGAGAGUGGGAGGUCCUCAAGAAUGAGGGCGAUGGUGUACGUGAGACAUAUGUGCGGAAAGACCAAGCUACCAAGUGCAAGGAUCUAUUGGUGCAGCAACUUCAGCACCAGCAUGAGCACGAACAUGCCCACUGA